AGGUAUCUUUUGGUGGAGAUGAUGUUUUAUAUCAAGAACAAGAGGAAAGUUGAUUUCAAAGAGGUUUUAGAACAUCCAGUCAUGAACAGAGAGCUGGAUCAGUUGAAAACUGACUUGGAAGGCUGGAGAGAAGUUGUGCUUCCAAUGAAUAAGAUUUUACAUUGGGAAAAGCCACACUACCCAGCUGUAAUUGUUGGCCUUAUCUCCUUUGUAUUUUUGCUGAUAUGGUACUUUGAGCCUUCAGUGCUGACAACCAUCUCCCUGUUGGGUUUAACCAUCUGCCUCAUAGAUUUUUUGGUGCCUACUGUAGCCUCCAGUGUUUUUACUAGUGAGCACUGGACUGUCCUUCAGGAGCAGCAGUAUGAGCAGAUUUGUCUGAGAAUUCUUAAUGCCAAACAUCAUUUGAUGGAUAUGAAAAACACACUUAACAAUUUAAAAAGCGAGAAGCCUGCUCUGUAUUUUGUCUUGGUAAUGGGAUUCCUGACCAUGAUGGCAUGGCUGGGCAAUCUGAUGGACAAUCUCUUACUGACUUAUCUCCUAGUGUGUUUCAUUGUGCUCCUGCCUGGCAUCCGUAGCCAGGGAGCACUACAACGCUACAUCAGCUGGCUACAGACCAAACUGAAAGAUGUUCUUGCAGGAAAGCCUAAAGCUAAGAAGAAUUAGUGCAAGCAGCGGCUAAUCUUGCUUAAUAAAAUGUGUGCUAUUUGUGCCUUAGUUAAAGAUAGGCUCAACCUUCAAGAAAUCGAACCUUCAAGAAAAUGACAAAAAACAGAAGUGAACAUUUUAUUCGCUGUUUUUCCGCCCGUCAUGUCCAUCGUAAAUACUCUUUGUUGUCAAAUAGAGCAUCUGAUACAAAGUAUCAAACACGGCAUUCACUUGCUUGUUUACGAUGCGUUUAGUACAAUUUGUUUACACUGACAAGUCAAGGUCAGAAAUGCACAAUUUUAUCUGUCUAAUUAUGCAGUUUAAAUUUUGAUUAUUGAAUUUGCUUUAAUCUGCAUGGUCAUUUUCUCAACAUUUGUAUAAGUUGUGAAAUAUUUCUCAUUGGAAAAUAACCCAGCUUUCCAAUUACAAUUGAGUGACAUCAGGACUACUUUCGGUUUUUCGUCGAGAUAGUGAAGGCAUUAGUGUUAUGGCUUGCUACACAUUUAAAGCUUUCUAUCUCAAUUUCUAUGCAACUGUUUGCCAAUGGACUGAAAUUUACAACACUUAUGCUUUAUAUAAUAUCGCACAAUAUUUGAGAGCUUUUUCUUCAAUACCCAUUCAAAUUUGAAAAUGAGCCAUUUUCUGUCGAUUUCUUGAAGGGCGAGCCUAUAUCUUUUCAAGCACUGCAUAGAUGUUUUAUAUGUGAACCAAACCAUAUAGAUGCAAAUUCUCCACAUCUUAGUCUGAAUAUAGUGUUUAAAUGCUGUAUGUACAGCACAUGUACAAACAUUGCCCUUUCUGCACAGAGUGAAAUGCUGCAUUCAGAUAUAUAUUUAAAACUUUGACUG